CCAUCUCCAGGGCCAGACAUUCCUGGGUGAAAAUGAGGGGCUUCUUGGGAGGAAAUGAAAGAAUACGGAGAUGUGGUUUUGCCUUAAGAUUUUCUAAUGUGAAACGCUGGACGGAUUCAUUUUGAAAUAGAAAGAUGGGCCUGAAAGUGUGAUGUAAGUGCAAUCAUUUGGAGUCCCUCCUGGAGAACACACAGAGAAUGCCUCAUCCCCUGCUUGGUCCAUAGUGAUGCCAGCCUGUGGUAAUUGGAACCUGGUCUGCCAGACCAAAUGGAGGAAGUCUGCCAGGCAGAUGUGGAACCCAAAAGAGGAACUUCACCAACUGCUGUGGACAGCUCUAGCACUUCAUGCCCCCGUGGACUUUUGGGGAAGUAUUUUUGUGGCUCACCAGUCUCUCAUUAGGCAAAGGUCACUUGUCCUGUCUUGGCCUUCUCUACUGGUGGAAAGUACGGCUGGGAGAUUUGGAAUGGUUGCUGUUUGACUUUGAUUCUUGGCACGACUGUCACCAUGAGCUUUUUUGGAUUGCUUCAUGGUCAAAAGAUGGCUGUUGGAGAUCCAGUCUGCGUGUCUCAAACAGGAAGAAGGAGAAAGGACCAAAUGCAAAUGGUACUCAAAGAAUGCUGCUCAUUAAGAUUGGAAACACGGAGGAGGGGAGUGUGAGGCUCAGCGAGGUGCAGUCGGAGGAGGCUUCCCGGGCGAGCGGUAUCUGGGUUGUAUUCAGGCCAAGGGGGGAGCCGUUAAAGAAGGUGGGGAGGGUGUCACAAGCAGAGGGAGCGGCACGCAGGUGUGAAAGCUCGUGGUGUGUGCUCAGAGCUCAUGGUGAGAAACGUCUGGUGAGUCUGGGCCCCAAGGUCAAGGUAGUGAAGCAGGACAGGCUGAGGUGGAGAGGAAGGCAGUGUUUGGGACUUGGACAGCUUGUGUGCCAUGAUGAGGAGCCCACAGCCCUGCUGCCCCAUCUCCUGGGGGUGGUUUCUGAGGGUGGAUGCGAUCACAUUCACAGACAGGGAAUUAGCUGAUCUGAACAAUGCUUGGAUUAUUGGCAUCUGUCAGCUGCUACCUGUUAACCAAAGGCCCAAGGCUCAAACUCUGCCAGGCUCCUCUGGGAACAGGCCAUGAAUCAAAUAAUGACGGCCACUUUGGCAGAAAGGGAAUGCUAAUAGCUGGAGGCUGAUCUUAUGACUGGAAGAAAGGAAGGCUGUUGUAGGUUUUCAUAGGGAUAGAAAAACAAGUUCACGCUAGGUUUCUACAGGGCUUUAUUCCCCAUUAGCAGAUAAGAACAGAUUUGUUUAUCAGAUUCCCCUAGAAAUUAAGGUGUUAAGGCAGCUGAAGAGGUAAAUUCUGAGGUGAGAGGAGGAGGAGGUGCUGGGGAGACAGGGGUACAUUAUAGUUAAGGGACGAUAGGGACAGCGAAGGGCCAGCUGGGGCCUCAGCAGGGAUGUUGAGUAGAAAGAGCUCUUGACACAAGUUCAAAGUCUUGGGGCCACCUCUGACCCCAAGUUCCCAGAAACAACAUACAGUGUUCUGUAAAACAUGGAUGAUAACACUUGCUCGACUGGCCUGACCAGGCUGUUUGAUCAAAUGAGAAAAUAUACGUCUGCAAAGACACUUUGUGAGGGGCACCUUGAAUAAAAUCCAACCUCCGCCUCAAUCUCCCAGGCCUUCUGACAGAUUAUAGGACACACCAGCCUCUUUCCCACCUUUGUCCACAUGUUCCUUUUUCUGCCUAGAACAUUCUUCUGCCAGUUCUUUCUACAGUUCAUCUCAGUUUAUAUGCCACUUCCUCAGAAAGGCCUUCCCUGCCCUAUUGAAAGCACGCACUCCCCUCUGACCCUCUCCUGCCCAAGAUAGCUUGUGGUUAAGGACUCAGGCUCUGAAGCAAGUCUCUGGGGUUCAAGUUCAGCUCUGACACAUACCAGCUGUGUGACCUUGGGCAGUCACCCAAACUCCUUGUGCUUCUGUUUCCACAUGUAUAAGAUGAAGAUCAUAAUAAUAUUUAUCUCACAAAGUGGUAGAGACAAAGAUGACUUCAAUAGGUGUCAGCUAUUAUUACUGUUCAUCAGAGUGCUCUAUUUCCUUUCUAGAACUAACCAUGUCUGUAAUUAAUUUGUCUGUAUAUGUUUAUUAUCCAACACUCACCCUUUUCCAUAAUGGGCUCCCCAUGAGGGCAGCGAUCGUGUCUUGCUGAUCCAUUCUUAUAUACCAUGUGUAUAGCACAGUAUAGCCUGGAACCUAGAAGAUGCUCAAGAAAUAGUUGUUGGAUGAGGAAUGUACUGAAUGAGCAUUUCCCAGAACCAAGCCCUCGGUGACCCAGGCAGUCCCGGGACCAGCCAAGGAAGUGGUCAGAUGGCCCUGCUUUGCAUUUCAUUCUCCCCUUGGUAGGGCUUUCACUUAUGUAAUGGAACAGCAGUGAAAUCCCACGAUACCUAAGUGCUUCCCCUCCAGCCAGCCCAGUAUACGACCACAAAAAGGGGGAAGAAAAAGUAAGAGAAAGAGAAGAGCUCCAAACCGCAUGCUUCUUGGGACAGAAAAAUGAGCUCUGUUUUCUCCCAGAGUCAUGUGAGGGCACAGUGGCAGAUGGGGGGCAUGUUUUACUGAGCUUCAGAGCAACCAAGCAGUGAAGAAUCAAGGGCCCCAGCCUGAGUGUCAGCAGUUGAGGCUUUUUCCACCUCUGCACCUAACUUGCUGUGCAACCUUCAUCAAGUGACUUUCCCUCUCUGGGUCUCCUAAGUGUCCUCAUCUGCAAAUUGAGGAGAUUGGAAUAAAUGAUUAAGGUAGAGCCGUCAUGCAGUCCUGGUUUUGCCUAUAGAUCUGGUAUAAUAAUUAACAAUAACCUCUUUCAUUCUCUAAGUGACCUGUACUAGGUGAUAAAUUAUAAAAUCAGUUUGAUUCAAAUCACUCUGUUUCCAUUUUUUGGAUAUGAUAAACAAUACUGCAGUGAAGUUCCUCAUACAUUCCUUUAUUCAACAAAUAUUUGAUAAGCACCUGUUAUGUACAAGGUAUGGUUCUAUGCUCUGGGGAUACUGGAGGAAUAAGACAGAUAAGAUAACUGUGUGGAAAAUACAUUCUUGUGAGGGAGAUAGAUAAUAAACGAGAAAACAACAACAACAAAAUAAAUUUUAGCUAGUUAUGAA